AUGGGUGUACCAAGUGAUGGCAAAUGUAUGAAAAAUUUGAAUCAAUUAAAACGAGAUCGUAUCAAUUCAAUAGGUUUUUCGUUAUUAAGAACACAAGAACAGAAUCACGAUACGGAUAAUGCAAAUGAAUAUUUAAUCACGUCGAGUCCAAAAAUUCGUAAAAUUGACGAUAAUCAUGAAAAAUCAAAACAAAUAAUUGAUAAGAAAAUUUCGUUACGAACUGAACGUAAAAAUCGUCAACAUCCAUUGCGUUUAACGCAAGAAGAGAAUAUAAGAAAUCAACUGAUAAAAAUGUUAUCAUUCAAUAAUGAAAGUUUUAAUCAAACUCUGUUGUUAUCCAAAGCAAAAAAUACAUUUUCGCCUUCAUUCCCAUCGGAUUUAAUCGUCCGGAAAAAAGAAAAUAAUCAUUCGAUCGGCUUUGACAAAGUUGACAACACUGUUGAUGAUAAUAUUGAUACGCAUAUUGGGAACGAUUCAUCCGACUGUAAUGAUUGUGAUAACGCGGGCACUUCUCACGAUAUCGAUACAUCUAAUGAUAUGAAGCAAUGCAUUGAGUCACGUGUCUUCAGUAUGGUUCCUGGACGAUUAUCACUUCUAAGCAGUUGUAAAAAGUACACAGUUACCGCAGGCGAGGUAAAACGUCGUCUUUCUUCGCCAGAACGGUUAAAUGCAUCGCUUCUUGGUGGUAUUUUAAGGAGAGCUAAAUCGAAAAAUGGUGGACAAACAUUACGUGAUCAGUUACAAAAUUAUGGCCUUUCCUUACCGGUUGGUCGAAGGAAAGGCAGUAAUAUAUCCCUUCUUACUGCUUUGGUGGAAGGUGAAGCCGACGAAUUAGCAUCAGAUUUUAAUCGAGUGUGCCAAGAAAGUUUUCCUCACGCAUUUCUGUCGACACUUUUAAAUAGUUCGGAGCUUUAUAAAAAAAUCGAAACUAUUGAUCGUCGAAAAACUGAUUUAACGGCAUCCAUAAGAAUUUUGGAGGAAUUCAUGAAUUUUAUGCAAGGUGAACUUGAUGCAAUGAAAGUGAAAAAGCCGCACGCAUUGGAAAAUUUUCAAUUAAUUACUCAUGGUUUCGGAGCUUCAGCGAUUAUGUCUGGAUUGACUGUUUUUUAUCAAUAUUUGAUGGAAUCGGUUAAUUUGAUGGAUCAAUUUAAACGAAAUGAUGAUUUAGGAGGCGAAAAACUCAGCAAUUUACAACGAUUGCCAUAUUCUGAUUUUCAUAUUUAA